UGAUGAGGUUUCGUGCCCAGCGCAUGUGAAAAGCUCUAACUGCAUGUUGAACACUCAAUACUUUGCUGCGUUAUAUAGAGCAUAUAGAUGAUCAUGCUACGUCUCAGCAACAGGGCGGUGAGCGUGUGCCGGCCUCUCAUAGGAACACGCUGGUACAAGCCCGAACUACCUGACUACAACACCGAUGUAAACAUUCACGAUCACAAGCUGAAACGACCCGAAGUGAAGCCGAAACCAAAGCCCACAUGGGUGGGACUUGAGGGACUGGAAGAGAGAACUAAGGGUUCCCUCAUUCCCGAGACGCUGGAGAACAUGGAAAAAGACGAAGAGUUCAAGAUAACAGCAGAAAACCUUAAGAAACUUGGUCAGAAGAAGCUGACGAGAGAGGAGAGGAAGAAACGACAGCGGGCGUUGGACAACCUCGGUGUCCCAAACUUCCUCUCCUUCUGGGCCGCCGAGAAGAAAAAGGCAGGCGUUGAAGAAAGUGAGAAAUGGCUGAGAAAGACUGAAUUGGAGAUCCUACAGUUGAACCUAGGCAUUUACUGCAACCAGGCGUGUAGCCACUGUCACGUAGAAUCCUCACCAAAACGCAAGGAGAUGAUGAACAGGGAAACUGCUGAUAGGUGCUUGCACAUCCUUAAGAACAGCCCAAAAGUCAACACACUGGACUUAACGGGUGGCGCUCCCGAAUUGUGCUCAGAGUUUAUACACGUCGUGUCAGAGGCUCGAAAGUUUAGUUCUGAUCUAAAGAUUAUCGACAGAUGCAACCUGACAUCCCUACUGGAGCCAGGUCAGGAGGACACCGUGACUUUCCUGGCGGAGCAUCGAGCUCACAUCAUCGCGUCUCUCCCCUGCUACACAUCACAGAACGUCAACAUGCAGCGAGGCAGCGGCGUCUUUGAUAAGAGCAUCCGCGCUCUGAACCUGCUGAACGCAGCAGGCUAUGGCAGGGAGGGAUCAGGACUAGAGCUAGACCUUGUCUACAAUCCUCUAGGUGCAUAUUUGCCUCCACCGCAAGAAGAAUUGAGGCAGAAAUAUAAAGAGGAGCUGUGGGAAACUUUUGGGAUCGAGUUCAACAAGCUCAUAACCAUCACCAACAUGCCAAUAAAGCGGUUUACUGACUUCCUAUACAGACGGGGAGAGUUAGAAGGCUACAUGCAGUUACUUACCAAUAACUACAACCUGAAUACGAUGGACAACCUGAUGUGUCUAAACACCCUGAGUGUUGCUUGGAACGGCAAGAUUUACGACUGUGAUUUUAACCAGCAGUUGGAUAUGCCGCUCGUCUUACAAAAGGGUGCCACGGACUCCCCAUCGAAGAGUGGCGCGUCAGUCUGGGAUGUGGAGUCAGCGACCAUCCUGAAGAGUUGUGCUAUUGCAGUGGACAACCACUGCUUUGGCUGCACGUCGGGCAUGGGAUCUAGCUGUCAGGGAACUCUCUCUGCCUGAUGGGAGCAUGCUGAGAGAUAUAGGAUGUUCAAUGUAGCUAUAUAUAUAUAUAUAUAUAUAUAUAUAUAAACAAAGUCAAAGUAUAGAAUAAGGGUGUUUAAAAUUUAAUUGACAAGCUUUCGAGAUUACAUCUCUUUAUCAGGUCAGCAGACAUUGGAAUAGUCAAAUGGAAUAGUCAUUGGAAAAAUGUAUUACAUACAUUUGUUAUUUACAUGAAGUGUGUGGAAGAAAAUGGAUCAAAUUUCAUGGACAUAUUUGAUGCACAGUGGUUUUAAUGCACAAGAAGCCAGUGGUUAAUGUUGAGUGUGUAGAAAGGAAAACGUAUGUUUUAUAGCUAUACGGGGCAACGUUGAAUAUAUAGUGGGUCUGUUAAUGAUAUAUUUCAGUGGGAGUUGUUGCAUGUAUAUGUGAUAUAUGGAUCGACUUUUGAAUGUAUAAUCAAUGAUAAUUAGGAUUAGCAUAAAUAGAUAUGAAACUUGAUCUAGAAGUUAUCAAAUUGAUUUGUAAUUAAGGCAGUUCGUCGAUUUGUAAUUAGUAAAUUUAUUUUUUAUGUCAUAUGGUAAUAUUUUUUAAUUUGUAAAUUUAAAUUUAAACAUAAUCUUAAACCCCAAUAAAAUUAUUUUGUAGAUAAAGCUUGCCAUACACGCACAAUGCUUUUAUAACCUGCAUGGUAACGGAACUGUAUAGUUCAAUGCCAAUGUCUAGUAUUAUAAUAUCAGGAGUAAGAUAAUAUAGGAUAUAUAUCUUACUCCUGAUAAUAUAACAGGACGACGGUAACAUCCUGAUGGUGUAGUGUUGGGUGGAGGGGGCAGCUGUCCCAAGCCUUUGGCGAAAAAUAAUGCUUACUAAAUAUAAGUAACCAUGGAAUCAAUUUAAUAAGUAAUAGAACUAUGUUAUAUAUUCUUUAUGUAUUUUAAAACGAUUCAAUAUAGCGAUUUACAAACAAUUAUUUGGUUUGUUUUACUUUAAUUGGGUGUCACUGAAAUUUGCGUGGUAAAAUAAUAUCAGGAGUUAAUAAAGACAACUCGUCUUUAAUUUGUCUUUAUUAACUCCUGAUAAUAUCAAGAGCGUGUCAUCGGUUGUAAUGCCGGCGUCUGCCGCGUGGUGGCAGCAUCGUCUAGUCAUGUAUUGGAUCGUAAAUGUACAUGUACGCUUAUUAUGGAAAGAGUUAGCUCCAAGAAACGGUCUUUGCUAGGGUUAGGGUUAUUA